AUGACGUCUCUACAUCCUGCCUUACGGGCUGUAAUUGCUGUGGUUGCAGCGCCACUGAGUCUGUAUUGCGUCUUCAUCGGUUUGGGUAUGACGCCUUUCUUUCAGAGACAUUUCUUGUACGCUCAUAAAAUCAACACAUUAUUAUGGAGUAAUGUGAAUCAACCAGAACGAUGGGGUUUCGCUCGAAACCAAGUCACUCCUUUCUCGCUCAAAACUCCUGACGGAGAGACCAUAUAUGCUUGGCAUAUUCUUCCCCUACCGCUUUAUCUCAAGAAUGAAGCCUUAAUCGAAUCACAAGAACCAGGGUUUUCAGCUGAUUUCACCAAAACUGAAUCAUUCCGCCUGCUAAAAGAAGAUCCAGAAUCUCGACUUGUUCUGUACUGUGAGUCUCAACUAGACAUAUUCUCGCUUGGUCAUCGCUCACAUCUUUUCCAGUUCAUGAACGCCGGCCAUGUCGCACAAGCUAUCAGACCUCUCAGCUACCACUCGUUAACCGACACCUCAUCAUACCAUGUUGUCGCUAUUGACUACAGAGGAUUCGGCCACUCGACAGGCUCGCCUACUGAAACUGGAGUAAUUCAAGAUGCUGCCACACUUGUGGAGUGGGCUACCAAGGUUGCAGGUGUCCCAGCCAGCCGCAUUGUUCUCCUUGGACAAAGUCUAGGCACAGCCGUGGUCAGUGCAGUCGCCGAAAAGUACGCUUUACAGGGUGUUGAGUUUGCCGGCAUCACCAUUGUCGCAGGUUUCAGCGACUUGGCCAAUCUUCUGUUGGGCUAUCGUAUUGGAGGUGUUGUCCCUGUCCUCGCACCCUUCCGAGUGUGGCCUACGCUCAUACGUUUCAUCCAUCGAUUCGUCGUCGACAAGUGGCAUUCAGAUCACCGUUUGGCUAAUGUUGUGCGGCACACAAAAACAAGACUCAGGCUCAAUUUGGUCCAUGCCAAGAACGACAAAGACAUUCCAUGGACAGAAGACAAUAAGCUGUUUCGAGCUGCUGUCCAAGAAAUGAUUGGGGUAAUGGACGACAAAGAAUUCGCAGCUUGGAAAGAAGAGCGAACUGUCCACAAGGGAAAGGAUGCAUUUGUGGCCACUUGGACAGCUCAACCCGACAUGAUUAUACGUCAAGAACUUUUCCCCUAUGGCGGCCACAACGAUAUCAUGGGGCAUUCACCUGUUGCGCUGGCCAUCAUGAGAGCAUUUGAUCUUCAUGGGACGACUUAUAAUAAUGACGACGAUACUGAUUCCAAAUAG